AUGAAUGAUUAUGAUCUAAUUAGGACUUGUUGUAAGGAUAAAAAAGUAUGCAAUAAAUGCUGGCGUUUUUUAUCAAUUGCUGUUCGUCUCCUUGAGUGUUCAUUAAGAGAAGACUUUGGCUAUAAACAAAUCUUCUGGGUAUUCUCAGGAAGAAGAGGAAUACAUGCAUGGGGUUCAGAUCAGCAAGCAAAGAAGAUCAAUUUGUGGGGGAAAACGCAACACCCUUCUGUAGAGAGGGCAUUUAGGAUUGCCUAUUCAUAUUUUAAUCGUUUACUAGAAGAACAAAAUUUCUUCUUUUGUGCAGAAGGAGACAGACUGCUGCAGCAGCUAAUGGAGUACCUUCCUGACGACAGCAGCAGCAGCAGCAGCAGCAGCAGCAGCAGCAGCAGCAGUGGUGGUGGUGGCAAAGAUAUUGGGCAUCUUCUCAAGGCUCCUUUCUGCAUACACCACGGCACGGGUCGGGUGUGUGUGCCGAUAGACUUGAAGGAGUUAGACGACUUUGACCCCCAGAGGGUCCCAACACUCAUCUUACGAGAAAAUCUCGAGAGUUUCACCACCGCACUCAAAGUAGAGAAUGGAUUUUGA